AUGGACAACGGAGAAGGCAGACCCAAUCAAGGCUGCAGUUGUCGUCAAAUGUCAACAGCACCCGCACCGGCCGUCAUCCACUCAGCGUUCCCAGUGGUUGGCGGUUUCGGGACGGAGGACGGGCCACGGCGGCCGCGGCCGGGCUGGGAAAGAAGGGAUGACGAUGUCACGAUCGAUUGUGCACUCAUAUUGCGCAACCCAGCAUUUUUCCUCAGAUCACUUACCAGAAACGCAGAUGAAGAGACGAUCAAUGGCAACUCACGGCCGAAUCUAAUCAUCUACACCUUCAUUGAGGUGCAUGCAUGCUCUUACUACAAAAACGCGAAAACCACACGUCCGUCACGACACUCGGACGUAUCGAGAUUCGAAAACGGCCCAUCACUACCUAAACCUGGGAAAAGCCAGUGCAAGUGCCAGUGCUGCAGUCUUUCUCACAGUUCAAUUACCCAUUCUCGGCACGUGCGCCCGGCCUACGCACCCCCAGGAAACUUGAUACUUCCGGCCUUUGCAGGAACGGACGCUAAGGGGGCAAAGGGGGGGAAGGAUUGCUGA